CCGGGCUCUGAGCACCAUGUACGUGAGCUACCUUUUGGAGCAGGAGAGCAGCAUGUACCCAGGCUCUACCCGGUGCACCGGCAGCACCCUGCCAGGGCAGGGCUUCGUGUCCGCGCCCCCCUACCCCGAGUACAUGGGAUACCACCCCGUGCCAGCCCUGGACACCCACGGGCAGCCGCCGGGGCCCUGGGGCUCCCACUAUGGCCCGCAGAGGGAGGACUGGAACGCGUACGGGCCGGGCCCCUCCGGCGCGGGCACUGCCCAGCUCAGCGCCCCGUCCCCCGCCCCGGGCUCCUACAGCCCCGCCGAGUACAGCUCCCUGCAGCCGGGGCCGGGGGGGGCUCCUCCCGCAGAGCCCGGCAGUGCCCAGCACUGCUCCCCCAGCAGCCACAGGCACAGCUACGAGUGGAUGAGGAAAACCGUGCAAGCCACCUCCACAGGUAAAACAAGAACAAGAGAGAAGUACCGAGUGGUUUACACAGAUCAUCAGAGAUUAGAGCUAGAGAAGGAGUUUCAUUACAACAGAUACAUCACAAUCAGGAGGAAGUCUGAACUGGCUGCAAACCUAAGGCUUUCUGAAAGACAGGUGAAAAUCUGGUUCCAGAACCGCAGAGCCAAGGAAAGAAAGUUAAUGAAGAAGAAAAUGACUCACUUUGAGGGCAGCAGCCUGGGCUCCCUGCAGAGUGACUCUGGCUCUGUGAGCCCCAUGCCCGUCCCUGACCCACGGACUCACUCCGAGAUGCCCAGUUCCCUGUUCCCAGCGCCCCCCCCGGCCCCCCCGCUCCCCAUGGGGGGGUUGCAGCACCCCGGGGGGCUGCAGCAGGUCGUGGCCUCGCAGUGA